AUGCAUAGCACGCUUGGACAAAUGCCACCUAGACGUUCGUUUAUGGCGUGGGCUUAUUUACUGUCGGGGAAUUUCAAUAACGCAUCCAACGGUUAUUCAGACGUAUCUUUUGUUAGCAACUUGAAUCAGGCGAUAGCUCGGCCAGAUCCAAACGAUGAUGCUGGAGCGUCAACGUCGAUGAAAAAUGAUGAUCGUGCAUCCAACGGUUAUUCAGAUGUAUCUUUUGUUAGCAACUUGAAUCAGGCGAUAGCUCGACCAGAUCCAAACGAUGAUGCUGGAGCGUCAACGUCGAUGAAAAAUGAUGAUCGUGUGAGUGUCAGCCGCUGUUAUGUUUAG